AUUUCUUCAAAAUGAUGAAAUUCUUUCAUUUUCCAUUAUGUGCUACGCUAUUCAGUUUAAUAAUUUGUAACUUAUUACUUAUAAGUAGUUGGAAAAUAUCACAGAAACGUGCCAAUUCCUUUUUAACGCUAGUUUUUGUACACGGUGGUGAUGAUGCACGUCUGAGUCAUUAUGAUGCUGUAGACUUUUGUCGACAACUUCCUACAAAUCUUAACCUGCUGAAUGAAACCUACGUGAAAAGUGUUGUGAAUAAUAAUGUCACCUUGAAGGAUUAUCUGAAUAAUAGUUCUAAAGACUAUAUUACUACCAGUACAAUAACCAAUAAUGAUACAACCACUACUACUAAUACUAUUACUGUCAAUAGUGGUAAUAAAAACACUAGUAAUGGACUAAAUCCUGUUGAAUACAUUGUACAUGGUGAGUUACUGUCGCUUCAUAGUCCAGCAAUGAUACAUGUUUUAAUGAGUUGGAUACUGUCUAUUGAAGCAAGACAAUUUUGGAUUGGUGGAUUAGUGAAACUAAUUCAACAUGAAUUCAAUGGUCAAGAUAGACACUUAAUUCAGACAUGGACAGAUCAUACACCAGUUACUAUACGCUUUCUUCAUUAUUAUAAUCCAUUGAUAUUAAAACUAUAUCCAAAUGAAAUUGCUUGUCUAUCUGUUGAUUAUGCUAGCGGUAAAUGGGGUGUACAUUAUUGUAAUGAAAGAAAAUAUUUUGUAUGUGAACUUGUGAGAAUACCGAAGAUAUUACGUGAAGUAGUGAAUAAUGUAACAGUGUCAAAAAUGGAACAUCAUUUACAGUCUUUAAAUAUGUCUGAUAACAAUCAGUAUAAAACUCAUCAGAACAAUACACAUGAAAAUGUAACAACAAUUGAUAAUUUGCAUCAACUCACUAAUCAUUCUAUAAAGACAAAUGAUACUUAUCAUAGAGAAGAAGGAAGUAAUUAUACCACUUUAACAACAAUGACUACUCCAUAUACACAAACAACGUCAAUGAAUUUCAAUUUGACAACAAUUAACACAACAGUAACAAUGACAAAUACUACUGAAAUAUCUAAAAAAUGAACUAAGUAGUGUAAUCUAAUAAGUGUGUAUUGUAUUAAAUAAAAGGUUUUUUUCCACU